AUGAUUGCUCGUCUGGACGGCGCGUGCGCACGCAAGAUCGCUGCGGGGCAAGUGAUUACAGACCUCACGAGCGUUGUGAAAGAGCUUACGGAGAACGCGCUAGACGCCAAGGCCGCAACGGUGACGAUUCGGCUCCUCAAUUACGGCCUCGAUGAGAUUGUCGUGGAUGACGACGGCACGGGACUAUCCAUGGGCCGGCUAGUAGACACCGCGACAAACAAGCUGCGGGAUGGUGCGAGCACGCCUCUGCUAUCGAGUCGCGCCACCACGAAGCAGCGAUGGGACGAUCUCGACAGAUACACUCAUGCGAGUGCAAAGGGUGAAGUCGACGAUCAUCUCACGAGCCAGGUCGAGAGUACGCGUGUGGCAGGGGGUGAGGGCGACAGCUUUGAUCCGUCACUUGGUUUCCGCGGGGAGGCGCUCCACUCUUUGGCCCACAUGGGCACCGUAACGAUAGAGACGCGCAGCGCCGACACUGGUGCCAUGACAGUGCGCCUCUCGUAUGAUCAUGCGUUACACACGUCUCGCCUGGAGGCGGUGCGACUGCGCGACGUGCUUGGCACCACCGUCACUGUGCGGCAUCUCUUCAAGCAUCUCCCUGUGCGGCACCGCGAGUACGUGAAGAACUGCCGCAAGCAGCUCAGCAAAGCAACCAGCACGAUGAAGCAGUACGCCGUGUCGCACCCGCACAUACGUCUUGUGAUGCAGCACCAGGAGACUCCCACCUCGGGCGUCAUCACGCUGGUUUCGCUCACCGGCUCUGGCGAUGCAACGCGCAGCGCGACGGAGGCAUACGGCGGCCUCUGCGUUUCACACAUGCAGCGCGUCAACUGGAGCUUGUCGUUUGGCACACUCAGCGGACUCGUCUCGAAGGUAAACAGCGGCGGGCGACUCAGCAGCGAUAAUCAGGUGUUUGCCCUUGACGGACGACUCGUCGACUUGCCGCGUUUGGGCAAGGCGCUCAACGACGCCUUCACCCAAUGCCUCCCGAACGCUUCCCAGCGGCUGCACGUUGCCUUCUUCCUCCAGGUAAAGACGAACGCCUCACUUCAGUACGACGUAAACCUUACCCCCAACAAGCGCAAGGUGUUGCUCGUCCAAGAGGACCGCCUGGCAGACGAGGUGUAUCGGCGUGCGCUGCAAGAGUUCGGGUCAGCCUUGCAGGAGGUUGAGCUGGAUCGUGGACAACGUAUCGCGCAGGCUCGCACCGCUGAUGUGCGUGCCGCACAGCUGACAAAGCUGAUCCGCACACCGGUUUCAGCAACGUCGUUUACGCAGUUCACGUUCAAACGAGCGAGGAUGGAGGAGACGGAUGCGAGUGACGGCGUCGCCGCUGGCGCAGUGGACGCCAAGGGGAGAGGGUCGUACCUCAGCCCCACGGCUAGCUCCUCCUCCACGAUUGAUCUCCCAAAGCUCGGCAGCUUCCUGUACGACGAUGACGCAGCCAACAAUUAUGGGUCCGGCACGGACGAGGAUGGCGAGCGGACGGAAUCCACGCCACGGCUGCUGCCCUCCUCGUCAUCCAGCAUUAGCGAUGGCAACGGAAACGACGAGGACAGCGACGAAAGAUGUCGCAGCGUGGUCGAAGAUACAAAAGAGGACACUGGCCCGCCCUCACUUAAGCCAACCGAAGAGAUAGAUGGUCGUGAAAACUUCUGUUGCGGUCACGACUUGGCUAACAGCGCGGAAGGCACACACUCCGACUCUGUGGAGGUCGAGAUAACACGGCUCUCUGACGAGGGAAAUCAGCUGCGUGGCGGGGGCAGCUGCUAUCACUGCACGUGUCCGACUUUCGGCGAGCUCGUUCAGGAGCCCUUUUCCGCGGAUCCACCCGACGCGGUGGUAUUGCCUGCGUCGACGAAAAAGCGCGACCGCGCCUCUUCUCGCACUCUUGGUGCGCAGACGGAGGAUGACCUGAAUUACUACUUUAACAAGAACUCCUUCAAGGAGAUGCGGGUGAUUGGGCAGUUCAACCACGGCUUCAUUGUUGCCACGCUCCCCAACGGCGACGUGUUUAUCGUCGACCAGCACGCAUCGGACGAAAAGUAUAACUACGAGCGACUCGUACGCGCGUAUGAGGCAACGCCCCAGCCCUUGGUGCUCCCAGUGUCUGUGGCCAUGAGUACUCACGAGGUGGACCUCGCCAUGGAACACAAGCUGGCACUCCAACACCACGGCUUCAAGGUGAACCGGGGAAGCGACGACACGAAGCUGAUGGUGUACUCGCUACCGGUGCUGCCAUACGAUGUGGUGAGCGCGUCAGAUGUGAUGGAGCUGGUUCAACAAAUUGUACAGUACGGCACCAUCACGAAGCCGCUGCGUGCGGUAUGGCACUCCAUGGCCACGAAGGCGUGCCGCAGCAGCAUCAUGAUUGGCACCCCGCUCACGAUGAAGCGGAUGAAACUCAUUCUCGAGCGACUAGGAGAGCUGGAUCAGCCGUGGAACUGCCCACAUGGUCGACCAACGCUGCGGCUGCUCUGCAACAUAGCAGAGCUUCCAAGAGGUGGAACCUCGUUUCGAUGA